UGACGACUGGUCCCCCUCUCUAUCAACCGUCAUGGUGCACAAUUUCUUAACCCGGUCAUGAAUGCUGAUUACAAUUGGCUAACAGGCCGAUUUCCAAGUUGCACCUACUUAGUAUCCAACGUAGCUCGAUCACCGACAACGCGAGCCUGAGGAUUGGCAGAACAAACUAGUAGUAACCAGUCGGUUUCCUCGUCUGUCAAGCCCAAGGCGCACAAGUACUAGCGACGAUGAAACGCAAAGCACCCUCGGACAUUUCUUUAACACAACGCACUUUACUCGAUCAGCGCAGUAAUUCGGCAUCCGACCAACCACCUUCUGUUAAAGACGACCAUGCGAAAACAAGCAUAGCAACAGAGACACCGGGCACAUCUGACGAUGUCAUCGAGGAUGACUACGAUUCUUUCGACGAAAUAUUCACACAGCAUUUUUCGGGCGAUGGGACUAGUCUACAUGAUGAUAGCAGAGAUACGUCGAACUGUCCGGGAGACCCCCGUCUACCUCAGAUGGCAUUGCCCUAUAGCCAGAAAAAUGCUAGCACGACCAGACGCUUUGUCAUACCGCCCCUCUGUGAUCCUAAACCCCGGCAGUCACCUCAAAUCAAUACAAAUGGCGAAGACUUGCCGUGGGCUCAAAGAUUUGGUCCAACGAACCUCAGUGAACUAGCAGUACAUAAGAGAAAAGUCUCCGACGUGAGGGAUUGGUUAAAUAAUGCAUUGGACGGGACUGGUAAAAGGCUACUUGUCCUCCGUGGCCCUGCUGGAAGUGGAAAGACGGCCACAGUAUCUGUUUUAUCGGAAACCUUGGGGUUUGAUAUACUUGAAUGGAGAAACCCUACAGCAUCUAACGCUGUCACCAAUGUGCACAGUUCCAUUGCCUCACAAUUUGGUGAUUUUUUGGAGCGCGGCAAUGAGCUUCCAGGUCUCGAGCUUGACGGGCGCAGCGGCUCGUCUCAGAGUCAAAGCGCCGGCAACGAGAGCUACUCACAGCAACGGCGUAUAAUCGUGGUUGAAGAAUUCCCAUCACUAACAGCUCAGUCCUCUAGUUUGUUGGUUUUCAGACUCGCUGUUCAGCGGUAUCUUGCGAUAACAGCCUUAGCUCGGAAUAUGAGCGCACAAUCUUGCUCUCCUGUUGUCAUGAUUAUCUCAGAAACACUUCUCGACUCGGGCUCGUCUUUCCCAGAUAAUAUCACGGCUCAUAGAUUGCUGGGCUCGGCAAUUUGCAAUCACCCAGGAACAAGCAUAAUCGACUUCAAUAGUAUAGCUCCAACUUUCAUGUUCAAAGCCCUAAAUUUGAUCAUAGAGAAGGAAGGCCGCGUUUCUCAAUCGAAACGAGUUCUUUCCCCUGCGGUAAUGCGCAGCCUCUCACGAAGUGGGGAUAUCCGGAGUGCGACUUCCACACUAGAAUUUAUCUGUCUGCAAGCUGGUGAUCCCGCAGAGAGAACGAAAUCGUCCAGAUUUAAGCAUUCAUCCCGAGGAACUUCGAUUCUUACUCCGCUAGAGGAGAAGACCUUAGGGCUGAUAACCCAACGAGAGGCCAGUCUGGGAUUGUUUCAUGCCGUUGGGAAAGUUGUGUAUAACAAGCGUGACGAUCCAGGCUCCGAGGAAGACGCUCAACCUGUUAAGCCACCAAGCUACUUGCGGCAGCAUGACCGGCCUAGAAUAUCACAGGUCCAGGUUAACGAACUGAGGAAUGAGAUUGGUACCGAUGCACAAACUUUCAUCAGUGCGUUACAUGAGAACUAUGUUCUCUCUUGCAAUGGCGCCUCGUUCACAGAGUGCCUUGACGGUUGCACAAGUGCAUUGUCAGAUAGCGACUUGCUGUAUCCCAUCUUUAAAGGGUCAAGCAAGUUCUUUGUACAUGCAACUAGUACUAGCGCUGCAGUCGAGGCUUUACGACAACAAGAUAUCAGCUAUCAAAUUGCCGCACGUGGGCUACUAUUCGCUCUUCCUGAUCCGGUUACAAGAACCAGCUCAUUCAAUGAUGGUGCUGGGAGUGCAAGACAUGCCCAGCAACUUCUCUACCCGGCUCUGUUGCGGUCAUUCCAUGAUAAGGAGGAAAUCGAGGGCCUCGUAACUUUGUGGACAAGCAGGCUGCUGAACUCGAUUGGCCGACCUGCCCCUCGCUCAAUAUUAAAACCUGAUAAUAUUGAAACGAACGACAGCCAAGCUGUUGCAGCGACCAUGAUGUCGCGCAGUGACCUGUUACUCCACCAAUUGCCUUACAUGGCAUGUCUAGUCGAAGGGGCCAAGGAGUGUCAGGAGCUCGAGAAGAUCACAAGAUUCAGCAAGUGUAAGCUACAGGCGCCUGGCAAACCUAAGUUCUCUGUCGAAAUUGGUACCCCUGGUGCAACAAUUGAGCUGCCCGGGGAUACAUCGAAGUCAGGGGUUCGGGGCUACGGUACUACUCUGGAUGCCUGUCUAGCAUCUAUGGAUGAUGAGGAAGGGCUCACUCUCAGUGAUGAUGAGAUCAUAGAUGAUGGCUAA